AUGGCCGAUGUUCUUUUUCAUCAUCGACAUCGUGCCUGCCAGGCGCCUACUGGUAGGAAGGUCGUCUCACCUGGUACCACGCUGAUAUACCGUCGCCGAAGCGGUGGUGGUGGUGGCGGUGAUGGUGAUGAACACCGCCGCCGUCUAAAUGAGCGCCGAACAAUCGGUGGCGGUGGCGGCGGCGACAGGGACGGCAAUCGGUGCCGAAAUGUGCCAAGUUGGGUCCAGUCGUUGUUCGUCUCGUCUCGUUCCAUCGAG